UUAUCUCUUAUCUUAACUUAAUUUAAGUGUAAUGUUCACAAAUUAUAAUGAGAUACAAUGGAUAUCAAAAUCAGAAAUCGAAAAUCUAUUAAAAAUAUCGAGAAGCAGAUAAUUUGGUUUUGUAUAAAAUCACGUUUAUUUAUAAUUCUUUUACAAUACAUAUCAAAUUUAAUAAUUCCUGAUCAUGAUUCUGGAACAUUUUUGGUACAAAUCGAUCCACAACAACAAAAACCAUCAUCAUAUUUGGAUCAAAUAAUUUAUCAUUUAUUUUCUGGAUUUCUACGUUGGGAUGCUCAAUAUUUUCUUCACAUUCUCCAUUAUGGAUACACAUAUGAAAAUGUUUUAGCAUUCUUUCCAAUUUAUCCAAUUCUAAUUAAAAUUUGUUCCUUUCCAAUCCAAAUUUUAUUUGGAAAUUUCAUAAAUAAUUUUAGCAUUUAUAUUUUAACAAUUAUUUUUGUAAAUAAUCUAAUUUUUAUAAAGACUGCAUUAGUUUUAUAUUCAUUAACGUUGGCCAUCUUUAAAAAUUAUAAUUAUGCGUAUACGACGGCCAUUUUGUUUGCAUUUAAUCCUGCAAGUAUUUUUUUUAGUGCCGCAUAUUCUGAAAGUUUAUUUGCAUUCCUUAGUUUUUCAGCCAUGUUAAAAUGCUUUAUAACAAUUCUAAUAUCAAUAAUACCAUUUUUAUUGAUACAAAUUUAUAAUUAUACAAGUUUUUGUAUGAAAUUUAAUUCAAAUUUACCGCAAUUUUUGAUUGAUUAUGGUUUAAAAAAUAAUUACAAGAUGGCAGCAGGUGAGAAUGUUUCAAUAUGGUGUUCGUAUACAAUUCCAUUUGCUUAUUCAUACGUUCAACGCGUCCAUUGGGAUGUGGGUUUUUUAAAAUAUUACCAAUUUAAACAAAUACCAAAUUUUCUGUUAGCUAGUCCAAUUAUUUUUAUAAUGAUUCAACAAUUUAUUGAUUAUGUUCAAAUGAAAUUAUUAAGGUUAAAAAUCAAUUUUUUGGAUUUCGUUUUUGUGGUUCAUGCAUUUUCUUUGACAAUUUUUUGUAUAUUUUUUGUUCAUAUUCAAGUGACAACCCGUAUGUUAUGUUCGGCUUCACCGAUUUUAUACUGGUAUUGUGCGGAUAAAUGGUUGAAUGGUUUGAAUAAGAAUUCAUUGCAAUUACAGCCAAAUUUUCUAUUUUUAUUUAAAAAUGUCAUUCUAGCACAAAAAUGUAUACAAUUUUAUUUUUUUACGUAUUUUGUUGUUGGAACAAUAUUAUUUUCGAAUUUUUUGCCGUGGACAUAACGGGUUUGUGUUAAAAGAAGGGUGAUAGGAGAGUAAAUACACUGAUUUUAGGUUAAUAACUCGAGACCCAGAAAUGAGAGUUUUACAAAAAACUAGCACAGUAUUUUUUAAAGACAUUCCUAAGAAAAUAGUGUCUUUUUGUAUUUAUGAUACUUAAAAAAACAGCCAUAGUAUUCUGUUAUAAUCUAUAAUCAUAGAACAAUAAAGAAAUAGUUAAGGAAUUUUAUAAGAAUAGUUCUCAAUCUCCAACCAAAAAAUAAAA